AUGGCCAACAUUACCCUCAUGGAGUUUUUACAGACCGACCCGGCUGCGUUUCAAUAUUACGAUCGCAACCAGGCCAAUACAAGCACUUAUCAUGAGAGAUUCGAUAUCACUCGGGUUACCAAUAUCCAUACGUGGGAUGAGUUCAACCUAGGCACCAUUAUGAACCAGUUUCGCGACUUACUCGACAACGUUCGGGUUGGAACUGAUGCGCGCCCGAUCACGCCCCCUCUACGCUUCGCGGCCGAGGACUACCUACGGGAACUAGUAUGCGUAUAUGCCGACCGUCCUGUUCGCCGCGCCUUAGCCAGGACGUUUACAUAUAUUGCUGCAAAUCCUAGUAACGAGUGGGUAGGCCGCACUGCGAUUACCUUAGGCGCUGGAAGCUCGACAGCUCUUAUUGGAAAGUUUGUGCCGGACCGGGCUAUGUAUAACCCCAGCGUUGACGUAUCCGUCAACCGUCUGCCAGGCGAAAUCAAGCCAUCGUGGAAGUGGGAUGCGGCCUGGCUCGCGCCACACAGCGAACGUCGUCGAGUGGGCAUUAAGCGCCUAUCGCAGCUCACCUUUUACAUGUUGCAGCAAGGAUAUCGGGCGCAGCACUCGGGCGCCAAGUACGGCUACAUGCUCACAGACAAGGAGCUGAUAGCCUUUCGCAAGGAGGAUGCGCAGCGCACCAUCUCCGUGUCAAAGCCGGUGCCGUGGGCUGGACCAUCGAACGGAGAACCGAGAAUGACCGUUCUGCUUGCUCUUUGGUAUCUGGGAAUGCUGUCUUCUCAUGAUGAUGACUGGAACCUUGACGCGCAGCCAGGUGACCCAGCAGACAGCGAACUAAUCAGCCAGCGAAGGGUCGCCCCUGCCCCUGGGGCUGCUACAUCAUAG